AUGGCAGGUGGGAAACAACAAGGACGCAUCUACGCUCACGAGCGAAAUGCUGAUGAUUCUGGCGUUCUUCUAGGUCAAGAUCUAGAGGAAGAUGUGGAGGGCUUCAAGACACAGUACAAUGAAACACUGCGAGUGUCCAUGAGUGACAAAGCCCGGAAGGACUACCGUCGUAGACUUGUCAAGAUUGCCACAUUUUGGGAAGAAAAGUAUCCAGCUUACUACAAAGUUGGGGCUAGGGAUGUGCCAGAAGAAGAGCUAUCGGACGUCUCCAAAUUCUACUUUGGGAAGUACAAGAUCGAUUUAAUAUAUGCUGGAUUGAACGUUCAGUACGUGCUCCGCUUUCUAUUCGAGCAGAAGAAAAAGCAGAAUGGAAACCUGAAGACCCACGGCGAGCUUCGCAAAUACAAAGAUGCUAUCCUAUGGGGAGCUAAAGUUGCCAAGCAAAGACUUCCUCGAAGCUUCUACGAAGAGAUGGACACUUUCCUGCAAAGCUACAAGAAAGAGUUCGCGCAAGCAAAGAAGCAAGGUAGUGUGGACGAACAAGAAGCUGACCCAAUCACGUUUUCCCUGUAUUCCCUCAUUCUUGACUGGGCAGUCGAAAGCAACAAUGUCUUUGUCUGGUUCUGGACACUGUCGCAGUGGAAUUUUAUGGCAAGAUGCGCAUCCAUUGAUCCUUUGCGUUUCCACAAUUUCAAAGUGGGACAGGACAGUAUCAUUGGGAAGUAUGACGACCAGAAGGCAGACAAAGCGGGGGAGAAGUUGUCAGAAAAGAACAUAUACGCCAAUCCAUUCAACUGGAAGCAAUGCUUCUGGACAGGCUAUGGGAUUUACGUUGCCUUAAAUGCAGACCGACUAGCAUCGGAUGAGCGACUGUUCCUCAGCCAAUCGGCGAAGGAGGGGAGUGCCUCGAAGAGAUAUUGCGAGCAGCUGACAACCAUCAUUGAGAAGCACGAGACAGAAGUCAUGGCCCACUUACGCCCCAAGCAUUUCAAUCCUUAUGGUUUGCGCAAGGGAGCAGCCACACAUGCCGUAUCAGGAACAACCCAAUCGCCAUCGCUUCCAUCUGUUGCAAGAAGAGGUGAAUGGUCUCAAGGGCAAGUACUGGACGUGUACUGGCACUUUGCCUCUAGUGGAGACCACUACCUUGGACGAAUUCUAGCCGGUCUUCACCCAAACAAAGUUGGAUUUGCGACACUGCCACCUCACUUCACCAUGAACGAUGCACGCAACAAUCCGGUGAUUCUUAAAGCAAUGGAAAUGCUGUACCAACCACUUCUCACUGCUUACCAGGGCAAGAGCAACAAUCCACUCCCAAUACUGUUACGGUGCCUUGCUUGCAUUGUGUAUCACUCAGACAGUCUUAUUCAAGCAAUGGUGAGAACUCCAGGACAUGAUUUUUCCAAGCUCGCUAUUCUCCACGACCGUCCACUCCUUGCAGAGCUACAACGCCUUGUCACUACAGAACCAACAAAGAAUGUCAUGUCCGUUGCUACAGGUAUACCGCCACACGUUGAACUUGCCAUGCAGCUCCAGUGCGUCUUGGACAUGGCGAGCAAAGUGAUCGCGACUACAGAAACUCAGUCUGACCGGAUUGUUACCACUGUAAGAGAAGCGAUACAAGAGCAAGCUUGGCAGAGUGGCCACAUUACUGGCCCAAAGCUACUGGAGACACUUCAACAAUUUCAAAAAGAAUCACUCGCUACUCUGGACAAUCGACUUGUUGAAAUGAGAAGUGCAGGAACAACAUAUGGACAAUCGCACCCUCCUGUUCCCCAAAACACAGCCGGUUCAGAACACAGCAAUCUGUUUUCCUAUGAUGGGAAGUUCUUUGCCGUACCAAAGAACUUCAGUUUCCCAAAGACGAAACUACGAGAAGCCAUUCGCUUUUGGUUGUGUGGACAGUCAGUGUCACAAGACGGCAAACAGAGAGUAAUGCCCUUCAAGAACCUGACAAUCCAGCUGCUACCCUCCCUUGAACUAAAGAACACGUUCAAGCUUCAUUGGAAGCCACUGUUUGCUUUUUUAGAAGAAGCAGUUGCAUUUCCAGCUGGGGGAAUGAACGUGGAUGCUUCAGAGCUGCAAUCAAUAUAUGAUGGAUGCAUAGAACACCUCAAAAACAGAGUUUCCUAUUGCUUCAAGAAGAUACCCGAACCGGAAACGAAAUGGGCCUUGUCAACAUGGGCCAACCGAGUGACCAGAUCUUCGAUUCAAAAGCAUGGAACCAAUACCGACAAACAAAAGUUGGCACCAGCUGCCCCUAGAAACAAAGCAAGACAGAGUGGAAACAAGCGACAGAGGAAGGAAAGCCAAAAUCCACUCUAUGCUCGCCGACAACAGAAGAGAAGAAUCGCCACUCAGAAUACGAGACAAAGCACAAUAACAAAUCUGUUUGGCAACCACAACACACGAACUGAGGAGCCUACCACUGCUCGGCACAAUACCACUGCAGCGACUACCACUACAGCGACGACUACUACAGCGGCGGCAGGGAAUCCGACAGCAACAACAAAUUCAUUUUUGGAGGCAUUUCCGGCCCCAAAACUUACACCGGCCAUGCAGAUGCGAGAUCGACAAAUCGCGAAGCAAAUUGCCGAAGAGCACCAAGCCGAUUUAGAACAACAACGGAAGGAGCAAAGAAGACAGAGGCAAAAUAUUGGUGACAGAGUUAACGAAGAUGGCACUGUUCUUUUUGCGAAUCGCCGAAGAGGAAGCCAAGCUCCCAACCUUGGUGAUAACUCCAGUGUCUCUCGUGCAACCUAUACAAAUUCUCUACUGACACAAGCGUUCGGAGAAGCUGGCAGGUGCGCCAUUGUCGGUUGCUCGCAUCCACAACUGAAAGCCGACCACCAUUGUCAUGGCGGCAAUGAGGCAUCUCUCCAGUUCAGAUGCCGGCGACCAAUCCACAAUCUAUGCGCCCAAGCCAAAGAUUUGUGUUCUGCUCACAAUGAACUCAAUGUCUACUGUUCCUCUAGGUGUAAGCGCCUCACUGAUGGUGCAAUACUUAGCAAACAGCUUGAUAAAUAG